ACAGUGUCACCUUCUAAUGAAUAGUACAAGUGCUUUAUAAAUGAAACAAGAAAACAAACAAAACAGGUACACAAAGCUUCUUACAGUUCAUCUGAUUCCCCCCAAAUUCCCUUAGGUCUAUUGCUACUUUUAUCUCCAUGUCAGAGAUGUGGACCUCAAAACCCAUCUCUCUCUGAUUCCAACCUGCCCUUCCCAGAACAUCACACCACAUCUCUUACUUAAGAAAGUGUGGAGAUGCCUUUAGAUUUUGUUGUUUUUAAUGCUUCCUUUAUCGGCCCACAACAAUUCAAUCUUAGCCAGCAUCAGAGAACUGAAUGUCUGAACUAUAAUUUACCAGUAGCUGCCACAGCAAAUCGAUAACCUGUUUACAUAGCAGGAAAUUGUGUUAUUGAACAUAACAUCUCAUUCUGUUAAUCAGUCAUCACAUUCAUUAUAUGUUGAGGUUGUUCCACCUUGUGUAGUUUUUGCCUCACAAGAAUGAAUGUAAGCAUAAAAGAAGUGUAACGCUAAGUGUUGGAUGUUUAAUAUUAUGGAUGCAGUGCUACCAACUGCUGUGAGAUUGCAUGAAUUUAUGGAUAUCGCAAUCUUGCCUGGAAUAUAAAAUGCAUGCUGAAUGCAGGUAUCUAUGUAACUGUCAUCCCUGUUUUCUGUAAAAUGUUGAGAAGUUACAAAUAGAUAUGCUCCCAAAUAAAAAAUAACUUUUUUUUUAAUCUCAAAAGUUGAGGUUAAAGCUAAAAUCACCGAACUGUUUUUAAAGUGAAUUCCAAACCAGUUCUUGGUUAUCUCCAGUAUAGUUGAGGACAAACUGCUGUACUUGGUCUCAGUUCUUUCUGUGAUGAAUCCAGUAAGUGUGUGUACCUGUAGAAAGAGAUUGCUCUCAAAGGAAUGAAAACAUAGAGAUUAAAAAAAUUCAAAAUUUCAAUAAGGAAAAAGUACUUUGCUAUGCUCCUACUUGCUUAAAACAUUUUGUCUAUUGAAAUAUAUGUUUCAUCAAAUUAUUCACCCAUGUAGAAAGGGAGAAAAUGCUUGAAAUGGAAUAACCAUACCUCUGUUCUCCACAGUCAGAAGCUAAGUUUUAAGGAGCGAGUGCGUAUGGCUAGCCCAAGGGGCCAGAGUAUUAAGAGCAGACAAGCCUCAGUAGGUGACAGGAGGUCCCCGAGCACCGACAUCACAGCCGAGGGCAGCCCCACUAAAGUGCAGAAGAGCUGGAGCUUCAACGACCGAACCCGUUUCCGGCCCUCACUGCGCCUCAAAAGUUCUCAGCCAAAACCAGUGAUAGACGCUGACACAGCACUUGGCACUGAUGAUGUAUAUGAUGAAAAAGGAUGCCAAUGUGACGUAUCUGUAGAAGACCUCACCCCGCCACUUAAAACUGUUAUUCGAGCUAUCAGAAUUAUGAAAUUUCAUGUUGCAAAACGGAAGUUUAAGGAAACAUUACGCCCAUACGAUGUAAAAGAUGUCAUUGAACAAUAUUCUGCUGGUCAUCUGGACAUGUUGUGUAGAAUUAAAAGCCUGCAAACACGAGUUGAUCAAAUUCUUGGAAAAGGACAAAUCACAUCAGAUAAGAAGAGCCGAGAAAAAAUAACAGCAGAACAUGAGACCACAGAUGACCUCAGUAUGCUCGGCCGAGUGGUCAAGGUUGAAAAACAGGUCCAGUCCAUUGAGUCCAAGCUGGACUGCCUCCUGGACAUCUAUCAACAAGUCCUCCGGAAGGGCUCCGCCUCAGCCCUCACUUUGGCUUCAUUCCAGAUCCCACCUUUUGAAUGUGAACAGACAUCUGACUAUCAAAGCCCUGUGGAUAGCAAAGACCUGUCCAGUUCCGCACAAAACAGCGGCUGCUUAUCCCGAUCAGCCAGUGCCAACAUCUCGCGAGGCCUGCAGUUCAUUCUGACGCCAAAUGAGUUCAGCGCUCAGACUUUCUACACGCUCAGCCCUUCUAUGCACAGUCAAGCAACACAGGUGCCAAUGAGUCAAAGUGACGGCUCCGCAGUGGCGGCCACCAACAACAUUGCAAACCAAAUAAACGCGGCACCCAAGCCAGCAGCCCCAACAACUUUACAGAUCCCACCUCCUCUCCCAGCCAUCAAGCAUCUGCCCAGGCCAGACACCCUGCACCCAAACCCCGCAGGCUUACAGGAAAGCGCUUCUGACGUCACCACCUGCCUUGUUGCCUCCAAGGAAAAUGUUCAGGUUGCACAGUCAAAUCUGACCAAGGACCGUUCUCUGAGGAAAAGCUUUGACAUGGGAGGAGAAACUCUGUUGUCCGUCCGCCCCAUGGUGCCGAAGGACUUGGGCAAAUCUUUGUCUGUACAAAACCUGAUCAGGUCGACAGAGGAAUUGAAUAUACAGCUUUCAGGGAGUGAGUCAAGUGGCUCCAGAGGCAGCCAAGAUUUUUACCCCAAAUGGAGGGAAUCCAAAUUGUUUAUAACUGAUGAAGAGGUGGGUCCCGAAGAGACAGAGACAGACACUUUUGAUGCCGCUCCGCAGCCUGCCAGGGAAGCUGCUUUUGCGUCAGACUCUCUAAGGACUGGAAGAUCACGAUCAUCUCAGAGCAUUUGUAAAGCAGGAGAAAGUACAGAUGCCCUCAGCUUGCCUCAUGUCAAACUGAAAUAAGUUCUUCGUUUUCUUUCUAGGCAUAGCAGUUCCUUUAGCCAUACAUAUCAUUGCAUGAACUACUUCGAAAGCCCCUCUAAAAAGUUGAAAUUGCAAGAAUCAGGAAGAACAUGAAAGGCCAUUUAUAAGCCCGUUAUCUUUUAAUUGCAUGAAAAUGCAUGUUUAGGGAUGGCUGAAAUUCCAAGGUGCAUCAACAUUAACCCACUCGUUUAGUAAUGUACCUUGAGUGAAAAAUCCUGAGAAACCAAACACUGCUAAUGCUAUGUAUGAAAAUGUCAAGAUUAGGUCAUGUAGAAUGAUUUGAUGCUGUAUUUUGAAAUUAUGGGAGUAAACACCUUCAAAUUUCAGGCAUUUCUGCUUUGUGAUUAAAUACAAAAUACAUUUUUCAAAAUAAUGCCAUAAUGUAUAUUUAAACACAAUGGCUAGCAACAGCUGCUAACAAGGUAUCAAGUACAGCAGAAUUUGGGAAUAAUAGAAAUGGCUGCUUAUUUCAAGAUAUAUUUGCCAACCCAUUCCUAUUCAGUCAUUUUAUUAUUAAUGUAAUUUGAAUGUCAAUUUGUGUGCUUUUGGUGAUUUAGCGCUGUGGCAAGCAAUUUUGCACAUCAUUUUCAUGUUGUUCUAUAUGACAAGAAUGUUCUUCAAUUAGAAAAUGUACAAAUAAUGAAAUUCAAGCCAGUGGGGCAUGGACUGACUGUUUAACAUAUUUGACUUUAUGGAAACAUAUUCCCUGAUGGCAGAAUCAACUUUAUAAGUGGGCGACUUCUACACAAGCAUAUGAAACAAGGAUCGGUAGAAUAGCCAGUGUGAUUGGGCGGGUCUCUGCAAUGGCACCAACCCCAGGCUUGCCAAUACUGCCCAGGUAAAGGGCAAGGGUGAGACGCUGUUCUCAUUUAGCAGACAUAGAGGUAGGACCCAGGGGAAUGGGCCAUUUGAGUGGGACUGACAGAGGAAAGACUUGAAAAGAAUCCAGAAAUACCAGGAAGUAGGCAAAGUUAAAGAAAAUGACUCCCCCACUCAAAGGGCAAUGAGAGGGAGAGAAACCAAAAUAAAAGAACUAGAUUUUUUAGAAAAUGAGUAGUACUAGGGAAUUCACUACCUAAACAUCCCUUAUUCUUAUAUAUAAACAGAGAAUUUUACAAGUUAUUUAUUUUUUAGUGUGCCCUAAAUGUCUUUUGCUGUUACAUAGUACAUUUUGCAUAUGAAAGGCUAAAACUAUACUACCUUUACUUUUUAUACUGUAGUGAACAUUUUCUAUUCUUCCCAAGAAUGUUGUCCCAAAUCUGAAAUUACUGGUUCAGUUCCCUGGUAUAAACAUUUACAAUUAGAAGCCAGAUAGCACUGCCAGGGUGUACAAAUCAAAACACUUUAUAAUAUAUCGUGGCAACAAAAAGGCCAAGGGAAACAAAAUAAAAAAUGUAUUCAGCAGAAAGCAAGCAAUGCUGACUGCUUGUUAGAAACCAGUCUAGCUAUUUCAGACUGUCCAAACUUCAGCCGAAGUAAUGGCAUUCAAAAGGCAAGGAGACCAGACAGCAUUUCAAUUCAGUUAAACCCUAGCCACAAAAGGACUCAAGAAAGGAAGAGUAUUUUUCUUGGCAGACAUUAAGUGCUCCCUCCAGAAAAACUUUUCCAGCAGCCAGGGAGAAUGAGCAGGGAUAUCAACUUGUGUUCAGAGGAAGGAGGAAGUCCUGAAAUCCACCAAUCUUUCACAACUCUCUCCCCCAACAGGCUUUCUCCAUCACUGACUCUUACCUUCUUUCCUUCUUCAUUAACUCCAUCUUGAUUCCCUGCCACUAUUUGCUCAUGAACUCAACCAGGCCUUAGCCAACCUCCAUCCCCAAUUCUCUACCUAAAAUGUGCUUCUUGAUCUUUUGAAAUCCUUGCCCCUAGGGCUGGCUGCUUAGCUCAGUUGGUUAGAGCUCAGCGUUGGUACAGCAAGGUUAAGGGUUUGGAGCCUCAAACUGGUCAGCCACCAAAAAAAAAUUUUUAAAAAUAAAAAUCAAUAAAAUCCUUGCCCUUUUUGAUAAACACUAAUAUUAUGAAAGCUUUCUCUUCUCAUCCCGCUUGGAUUCUAACAUACUCCUCUGGAGUGUAUCAUUCAGAAUCUUCUUGGCUGCUAGAGACACACAGAAGAUAGAGUCUAAAUUUUACACUCCAGUUUAAAAGAUGUAUCAAGCUUUUAAAGCAAUUAUUUUCAUUUUCCAAUUAUAGAAUGUUAGUAAAUUAUUAAAUGCAAUUUUUCAUCUACCCCUGUCUUCACUCAACCUGAAGUUGUGAUAUACCCUCCCAAGGAUGUUGUACACAUAAACAUACACACACACCCCUCCGCUGAUCUAAAGCCAAACACCUGCCAUGCACUUGGCGGGCUCUCUACAAAUAUUAGCAGAGGAUGAUGAGGAGGCAACAACUUUCAGGUAGCACUGAUUCUUGGACAUACUCUGUCCUGGGUCGAACCCCACUGGCAGCAGGAAUUCUGAAUGUAUUGGGGACCGCUUGUUAGGCCUCAAACACAGUACAGUUCACCCAGCAUUGCUGAACACUGAAGAUUCAGAAACAUAUCACUGAGGUCUUAAUCAUAGCAAAAUGUGAUAAAUCAUGUUGUGAAAAACUUUUAUACAUCGAAGCCAUGACCAUUUUGUGUCUCUUACUCUAGCACAAAAAUUCUUGGAUGUUAAAAGAUAGUUGUGUGAACACUGUAGAUUCUGUCUGUUGUGUUACUUUCUGUGGAAAUGAGAGGGGUCUCCCAUUUACACUUAGCAAAGUCCCAUUGGUCAAUCCCAAAUGGUGUCUUGAAGCACAACUGAGCUGAGCACUGAGUAACCACAUGCUCUGUCAGUUCAAGUCUGUCGCCUUCUUCAACACGUAUGGUUGAUCAAGCUAAUACCUAAUUGCAAAUAUCCCUGGUAUGAGGUUAUUUUGCUAUGUCUGAUCUAAAUGUUUGCAUUUUAUUCAACUAAAUUAAUAUCUGUAGAUUGCAAGUUUUGUUUAAAGUAAGACACUUUACUGAGUUUUAAGUCCUUCUCUCCCGUUCUAAGGUGCCUUUCUUGCCUCCCAUUGACUCAGUGAUUCUGAAAGUUCUUAAUCUGAAAGUGAAAAAAAGUUUCAUAGAGAGGAGGAAAUUGGGCACAAAGUGACUAAUUCUCAUGCCCAUUUGCAAAGCAAAACUGUAAGGAAUGAUGAAACCUAGGCAACUAAAUUAAUGGAUCACUUCAUUCAAUCAGAUUGAAGAAAUAUAAAUAUUAAUUCCCCAGAAGCCAAUAUUUUUUGCCUUAAAUGACAUGGUUGUGUUUUUGUAAGAGAAACUUAAUUUAAUAUGAUUAUGUGCAUUUGAGUGAGUAGUUCUAAAAGUCAUGUAUGACAAUGCAAUUGUCUGUUUCCUGAAAACAAAUAAAUCAGGAAUAUCAUAUCCAUUUCAAGCUACCAUUAAAAUGUAAUUUCCUUUGCUCUCUUUUACUGAGAUUACUUGUUUUGAAGUAAAACAUUAAAAAGAUGUCUAUAAACAGCUA